CUUUCUCUCUCUCCGCACUGCAGAAGAAUGUUAAGAAACUCACGACACGAUCCGUGACGCCGCUGUGAAGCGGGAAACCGACAGAAACCGGGAGAACCGGGAGCUCUAACCCAUCCACAAACCACCGGGAGACACCAUGGGCACAUUCGGUUCUGCCGCGGUCAGUUUGGAGGAGGAAGACGGAGAGGAAGAGGAGAAGAAGCGGCGAGAAGUUGAGCAUCUCCCGCCACUUCUCGAGGACGAGGAGAACGUGUCUCUGGCGGAUGUGCUGUGUCUGCGGGACGCCGGUCUGUCGGAGCAGGAGCUGUGGUCGGUGUGUGUGGAGUGUGUGUGUUCGCUCCAGAGCAUCAGCUUCUCUCCGCUCUUUCAGUCUCUGUGUGUGACGCCGGACACACUGGCCUUCAACGCGCACGGAAAUGUGUGUUUCAUGGAGCAGCUCAACGACGAUCCUGAAGGCUGCUUUAUUCCUCCAGAGUUUGAGAAAACUGGAAGCACAAUCGAGGGUCACGUGUUCUCUCUGGGCUCUACCCUGUCUGCGGCGCUGGAUUAUGUCACAGAUGUGGAUCUGCAGCUGGAGCUCAGCGAGGAGAGCAGAGCUUUACUGAAGCAGAUGCAGAAAGACACACCUGAGGAGAGACCCACACUACAGGUUCUUCACUCUGAGGCAAAGGCUUUACUCGGAGAUGUUUCCUCCACAACCGUCUGUCGAAAACUGUCUGCUAUUGGACGAAGAGUUUUGUCUAUCGAGUCUGUCGCUGCUCUCCAAGAUGGACCAGAUAAAUGGAGUGUGCAGUUUAUGGACUAUAAAGCGUCCAGAUCAAACUCAGUGGAGACUCACAGCAGCGAGCGCAGACUGCAGAGAAACCCGUCCUCUGAAUGGUGUGAGUGUGAGGAUCUGCUGCUGCGGCGCCGGGCUCUGCUCUGGAGGCCUGGAGGGUCGGUGUGUGUGCGAGAGGACGAGUCGUCGCCUGACAGCAGCAGGUCUCAGAACAGCUCUCCGGUGCACAGAAAGAGUCAGGAGAAGAGGCCGGGACGAGCCCUGAACCGCUCCUGCUCCGUGCCGGACUCCAACAACCCUCCGGCGCCCGGUGCUCCGACACACACACACAUCAGCAUGCUGGUGGCAGACCUGUCCGAGAUCAGCGCAGAGGAGCAAGGAUGGAGACUCGACACACACACCCAUAGAGACAGCAUCAGCAGCUCUACCAUGAGAGAUCCAGACUCACAGGAUGAGGAAUCAGCAGUCCCGUCUGUGGAUGAAACGCUCUGCAGGUCUGAGAAUGAUGCAGAAGAAGAGGACCAGAGCGGUCAAACCCUGAUGGAGGAUGGAGAAACACACACACAAACCGACCAGUGCAGAUCCACACACAUCAACAAAACCAUGCUGUGUCUCAAUGAGGAAACACAGAGUGAGUGGAUCUCCCUGCGGGAUCUGUUAUGUGGAUCCACUCGGCCGUUCUCAGUCAAUGAGCUCUGGGCUUUGUGCUACACGUGUCUCUCCACACUGCAGACAUACAUCGACCUACCAGAUUACCUGUGUCUGGACUCAGUGUAUGUGGGCUGUGAAGGAGAAGUGCUGUUUUUGAGGCCGAAAAACUCAGUCUCCUGCGACGCCUUUUUCUUGGCUCCUGAAUUUCAAGAACAUGGAAUUGUGACAGAAAAGGUGUGUGUGUAUGGGGUCGCCGCUGUCCUCUGGGCUACCGCUAAGUUUCACUUGUCUCCCAGUCAGAAGUUGUCCAUGCCCAGGAGACUGAAGCGGCUGCUGCUGGAGAUGGCCAAGCGGACCCCCAUUGAGAGACCCUCCAUCCAGACCGCCAAGAAGUGUUGUCGUGAGUAUCUGUCACGUCAGGGAACCACAGCCGAGAGUGUGUGGAUGCAGAUCAUCAGCAGAGUUCACCAGGCAUUCGAUGGGAAUAGAGAUACAGAGGAAUCAGCUGAAAGCCCAUCUGACCCUCACCUGGGGAACAUGCAGACAGGUUUUGUCCCGUUGUCCAGCGCGGGUCGGCUGGAACCUGUAGUCGGUCCCAUUCCUCAUCAUUACCCAGAAUCCUCCACCAGCGUCAGGCUGCCCGAGGCCUUCACUUCUGCAGCCACACACUUCAGCCCAAUCAUCCUGAGCCGGACACACACACCGAUGGUCAUUAGAGACUUUAUUGAGGACGUCACUGUUGUGGAGCAGGACGCUGAGCAUUAUGGGAUACAUGAACAGGUUACCCCCAAAUCAGACAGUUAUUCCUCUUCAUCCAGCUGUACAACUCUGAUUAAUUCAACACAAACAACCAGCACAGAAACACACAAUCACUCCUUACCGUGUGCCAACGGGAUCUGCCAGAACUUCCCGCUCCGGACUGGGCAUCUGACUCAACUUCCUGUUCAGAGUGCCGUGCUUCAGCCAAUCACAGCUGUGGGUUUAAGUGCAGAGAAAUCAUCAGAAAGAGCUGAUCUGGCAUCAGUUUUCAGCAUGAACCACACAGUGAAUCAGAGAAACUCUGGCCUGCAGGACGUCAUCCGGCUGCUCAGAGGACAGUUUCAUUUUGAUGGAGACCAAGAUCUGGCCAUGGGCCAGUACAUCUCCUCCUUAAAGAGCCUCCAGUUUGAGGGGUUCUGUGGAGCGGUGAUGGAGCAAUACAGCAGUGUGUGCUGGGAUCAGAAGCUGCUGUGUGACCUGCACCGUCUGCUGAACCAGCACUGCAGUCCACUAGUCUCCCAAAAACAGCCCUCCUCAAAGCCAGUGAAAAGUGCAGCAGUUUCUCUCCAGAGCUCCAGACGGCAGCUCUUCAACCAAGCAAACGCUCAUCUGGACCACAAUGCAAACUUCUGCACUGCUGAUCGACCCAAACCACAGGAAAACAACAUCGAGAAACAGCAGAAGCACACACUGGAUGAGAGACGAGACCCAGAGGGCAGAUGUAGAGGAGACACACAGGAAAUGACAUCACAGGAUAACAGCGAAGCUCAGAUGGAGCGGCGCUGCUCUGAGUGUCCAGCAGCAGGCGCCGCAGCAGCUGCAGAACUGGAAAACAGCUCUGGAUCUCUGCCCACUCCUGAUGGCUCAGAGCUGCUGGACAUGGAGGAGUGUGAGUGUGUGUUCUGCUUCUGCUCCCACACACACCGGGCCCCGCACACAUCCUCCUGGGCCCUCGCGCUCUACGGGGACACCUGCUUCUCUCAGGACGUGCGGGAGUAUGAGCAGACACUCUGCAGUCACUGCGAAUCGCCCACACUGGAGGACAAAACACAGGAGCUUCACCAGCAGCUGAUUAUUGAGACCAGGAAUCUGAAAAAGAGCAGAACUUUCUACCACAAACUGAUUCAGCAGGAGAGGAAGAAUAAAGGAUCAGACUCAAAGCUGAUGGUGUCCAAAGUCAAGCUGCAGUUUGAUGAGCUCAGAGCUAAAGUUGAGUUUCUGCAGACGGUGAAGAAAUAUCUGCAGGUGUUGUGUGUGGAUCAGUGGGGUCUGGCGCUCUCUCUGCUGCCCUCUGUGGCUGCGGGUGGAUCUGCACCCCUGGAGCUCCAGCACUCGGAGGAUCCUGUCGUCCUGCAGCUCCUGAAUGAACCACACAGAGGGAACGGCUGCCCACUGCUGUCCGCAACCGCCAGAGGACUGAUGGCCUACCUGUACGCCAGGAACGCUCACUCUGACGGCUUCAUUCAGCAGUUCUUCUACACGUACCGUUACUUCUGCACACCAGACGAGCUGCUGCACUUCCUGAUGGACAAACUCAACAGCACACUGGGCAGAGCGAGUGCAGAUCCCUCAUCAGACAGCACUAAAGUCUACCAGCGCACUCUGGAUCUUCUACACUUCUGGAUCACAGACGCACAGCUAGUGGACUUCAGCUCUCACUCCUGCCUACAGCACACACUGUACGCCUUCCUGACCUCUGAGGUUGCACCAGUGGACAGUCGAGCAGAGAGUUUGCUGCUGAUGCUGCAGGACAGGCCCAGAAAGAGGCUUGUUUGUGGUCAGUCGUGUGACUUGUCAAUCAGCAGCCCAGAAGACGAGGAGUCGCUGCUCUCAGUGCAGCCCUUAUGCAGGAGAUCAUCGACACAAGAGCCUGAGAGAAAGGCUAAAGAUCAGUGUUUCUCCAUGGCUGCAGCGCUCCCUCGGCCGUGUUUCUCCUCUCUGAUGUCCAGCAGACUGCGCUCAGAAGACAGACUUCCCUUCAGCCAGACUGAACACACACCGACACACAUCGCUCAGCAGCUCACACUUCUGGAGCAGGAAAUCUUUCAGGACUGUCAUCCAGUUCACUUCCUGAACUCCAGAGCACAGGGAGUGGCGGAAAACUCCGGAAACAUUUCCAGGUGUGUGUCAGUGGACUCGGGCAGCAGUGAUGUGUGUGUGAGCUGUGUUUCUCCUCUGCAGACGCUCCUCCUUCACUCCGGCUGCGUCUCCACAUGGGUCUCUGCUGAACUCGUCAUCUGUGACUCUGUCAAGGCUCAGGCUGCUUUACUCUCUCGGUUUCUAGCCGUUGGUAAACACUGCUACGAGACCAGAAACUUCGCCACCGCCAUGCAGAUCCUGUCGGGCCUGGAGAACGUGAUCGUGAGGCAGUUACCGGCAUGGAAGCAGCUCCCGCUGAAGGUGUGUGAGAUUCUGGAGGAGCUGAAGGCUGUGCAGGUGUUUCUGAAGAGUGAUGCUCUGUGUCUGAUGGAGGGCCAGAAGAGCCGCUGUCGGCCGACGCUCCCCGACGCACACAUCCUGAGCCUACACACACAGCAGACAGAGAUCGGAGCCUUUAGCAGGACCAGCGGAGCGCUCAAGUGGAACAAACUCAGGAAUAUAGCGCGUGUGGUCAGUCAGGUCCAGGCGUUUCAGGAGCGUGUGUAUCCGUAUCCUCCAGACUCUGAGCUGCAGUCGUAUCUGCGUGCGCGAAUCCUCUACUUCGGCCGCUGUGACGUCACUCUCCUCGCCUCCGAAAACCACACACACUCCCUCCAGACGAGCGACCGGCACGCGCGCAGGAUCCAGGACACACUCCGACGCGUCAAAGCCUCAUUUCAGUGAAGCAGAGCUGGACGUGUUUCCAUUCUGCUUCAGGUCGGACAGUAGGGCUGCACCAUACUGGACAAAUAUUACAUUACUAUGUUUAUUUUCUGUGAUAUCUCGAUUCUGGUAUCAAUAUAAUGUCAGCAGAUGACUUUAACCGCUUUAUUUGGGAGGAUUUCAUCCAUUUAGAUAGCUUGGAAUCUAUUUCUACACUACCUGACACAAGUCUCAAGGUGGAUCCCAGUUGUAAGAGCAACACAU